CUCCAUUCCCGCAUUCCUACCGGCGAGGAACAGAAAGUCAGUGGUUGUGAUUCGUGGCUGCUCGAUACACUCCGCAGUUAUAAACCGGCAAUAAUGAACGGACAGAUGCUUAACGGUUUCCACGACUCCCUCAUCGACGAGGGCAGCUUUCUGUUUACCUCGGAGUCUGUCGGAGAAGGCCAUCCCGACAAAAUCUGUGACCAAAUCAGUGAUGCUGUCCUUGAUGCCCACCUCAAACAGGACCCAAAUGCCAAAGUUGCAUGUGAAACUGUUGCAAAGACUGGCAUGAUCCUCCUUGCUGGUGAAAUCACCUCCAGGGCAGCUGUGGACUACCAGAAAAUUGUGCGGGACACAAUUAAACAUAUUGGAUAUGAUGAUUCCUCAAAGGGGUUUGACUACAAAACAUGUAAUGUAUUGGUUGCACUGGAACAGCAAUCCCCAGACAUUGCUGCUGCUGUUCAUCUGGACAGAAAUGAAGCAGAUGUUGGAGCAGGAGAUCAGGGAUUAAUGUUUGGUUAUGCCACAGAUGAGACAGAAGAGUGCAUGCCACUUACAAUGGUCCUUGCUCACAAAUUGAAUGCUAAGUUGGCAGAACUGAGACGCAAUGGAACUCUACCCUGGCUUCGACCUGACUCAAAGACCCAGGUGACUGUUCAGUAUAUGCAGGACCGUGGAGCAGUUAUUCCAAUCAGAGUACACACCAUUGUAGUAUCUGUGCAGCAUGAUGAUGGGAUAUGCCUAGAUGAAAUGAGAGAUGCCCUUAAGGAAAAGGUGGUGAAGGCUGUGGUACCUGCAAAAUACCUGGAUGAUGAUACUAUUUACCACUUGCAGCCAAGUGGGCGCUUUGUGAUUGGAGGUCCUCAGGGUGAUGCUGGGUUAACAGGACGAAAGAUUAUAGUUGAUACCUAUGGUGGAUGGGGUGCCCACGGAGGUGGAGCUUUCUCUGGCAAAGACUACACCAAGGUGGACCGGUCUGCUGCUUAUGCUGCCCGUUGGGUGGCAAAAUCUCUGAUUAAAGCUGGACUCUGCCGCCGUGUCCUGGUCCAGGUGUCCUAUGCAAUUGGGGUUGCCCAUCCUCUGUCAAUCUCCAUUUUCCAUUAUGGGACCUCACAGAAGAGUGAGCGGGAACUGCUGGAAAUAGUAAAGAAGAACUUUGACCUUCGUCCUGGUGUCAUUGUCAGGGAUCUGGAUCUGAAGAAACCAAUUUAUCAGAGGACUGCAGCCUAUGGUCACUUUGGUAGGGACAGCUUCCCUUGGGAAGUGCCCAAAAAGCUGGAGUAUUGAUUGUUAGGCUUUUCCCCCUCAGACCUGCUUGCGUUGUAUACAGAGAAGCUUGCAGGAUCUUAUGGGAGGAAAAGACCCCCUUCAACUUUCCCUGUCACUCCUGGCUCACUGUAUAGUCUCUAGUGCCAUGUUUUGCUAAUGAGGAGAAGGGACCAUGUAUGACCUGUAUCCUCCUCUGCUGUUUAUCUAGUCAGUGCUUGUAGUGCAUAAACCUAAACUGCACGUAGCCGUAAAUGUUUUUGUGUUCUAUCAUGACCAAGUAUCUUGCCUGCCUUGUACUGUUAUGGUUCAGUUCUGCUGGUGUCAUUGGCUAUUACCCCUGCAGUAUCUAACAUGGGAAAUGGCUUAAAUCCCUGACUCUUCCCAUGACCUAAGACUUCAUAUAAGUAACUUAAGUUUACACCCUCAAUGCCCAGUGUGCAUUUAAAAUUCCCUAUGCAUUAGACUAAGCACUUUGCCAAAAUAUAGCUAAACUUGCAGGGUUUAUCUUAAACUUGCAAGUACAAACAUUAAGUGGGGGGAGGCCAUAGUGCUGUAACAAGAUGUCCCUUCCUGGUGCCUGUACAAUUAAUCUUAAACUCAAAUUUAUUUUUUUUUCAACUGCCACACUGCACAAAUCUCUCCCUGCCUUUUUAAACUAACUUUAUUCUGCAUUCCAGUGCUAUGUCUGCUUUUUGUUCUUGCUUUGCUGCGAGCUGGUGUGGCUACAGAGAAACCAGCUUGGUGCAGAGUCCAGACACAGAACUGGCAUGUAAGGCUGGCAGAGUGAAAGGAUCUUACUUGAAGAAAAUGGCUAUGUAACUGCUUUAUUUAUUGUGUUGCCUGACUUUAGAGUAAGUACAGAGUAGCCUCUGCUUCAGGCAACAACUUUAUUUUUUUUUUUUUUUUUUUGAAAAAUCUUAGUGUAUUGGUUCUCUUCAUCAAUGUGGUCAGUAACCUCUGGCAGGCCCUGGUGUUGUACAGAAAAACCGGGACUGUCUUCUGCAGAGGCUUUAGCUGGUGUAACAUGUCUGCUUGUUCCAGUGAGGAAACACUCUGUAGGUGUAAGCACACUUUACCAGUGUUGUACAGAGUAACUGGUUGUUUACAAGCUGCAAUGCAGUGUGUCUCCUACACUAGGUGCUAGCUCCAUAAAAUUUCCACCAAUUUUUUUUUAAAUCUCUUCAAUGUCUGGUUCUGGUAAACUAACAGCAGAAGACCUAACCUUAAUAAAGUAUUCAAUUCUCCUUUA